GCAAGACUCUCCCUUUCCUAUUUAAAAAAAGAAGGAUUUGAAUGGAGAGGGAGAGUUGCACGAUAGAAAAAAAGAAGAGAAGAAGAAAUUUAUGACGAGUGAGAGAGAGAUAAAGAGAGACAGAAGGAGGUUACAGUGAAUCCGAUUUAUGUGAGAAGAGGCAUACAAGACUCUCCCUUUCUCAUCUGCAAAAGAGAGAGAGAAGGAGAGAGAGAAGGAGGCUGCGAUAGAUCCAAUUAAUGUGAGGCAGGUUGUAGGAGCAGGAAAGGGUGAGGUGGCUUUGCCCGUGCGCAUCUAAGCCAAAAAAAAAAAACUUCAACUAGUGGGUUUGCCUGAAGAAGCAGGAUCUACAUGCGGCGGUCUUACCUAGAGAGAGAACGCUGAUCUACAUGCGCGACAUCAGCUUACGAUGAUCAAACUGCAGGGAUAUGUGUUCGGGAGGGAGAGAAGCAGAUCCGAUCAUUAUAUGACGGUUAUUAGGUGGGUAGUGGUAGCGCGUGGCAGUUUCUGGCGACGACACAUGUGCGCUCCGGCGACAACGUGUGGAGGCAUGCAGUGGCAUGAUUUUCUGGUGGUUACUCACGCAUUUGGGAUGUCACAAUGUGGCUGUUCUGGAGUUGGCGGAUGGUGGCGCGCUGUGACGCCGGCAACAGGGACUGCAUGUCCCAAGGAAGUUAUACAAAUGGUAUCUGGAGUUCGAGAGACCAUAGGACAAGCUAGGAAGGAUCCUCAAAGUUUUUCUAAUCACACCAUAGAAUUCUUUUUCAAUUGAGCUCGUGAAACUCACCCCAAUUCACCCCCAUUUCAAAUAAGAGAAGAUGAAAAUAAAUCCAAGAUCAA